CUCACAUCGUUCGCUGUCUCCCACUAACCAACCAACCACUCCUUACCAAGCGCGACGCGAACGCUAGAGGUACACUACACGAAAGAAAACAGGCAGUGUGCCAGCACUCCAAUUGCAGCACUCACCACGGUGCUCCUCUUCGUACGUUCUCUGUUUUGGUUGCUGUGUGUCGUUGUUCAUCAGGUUCUUACUACUCGCUAGACCUUUGAAUUCGUUGGAAUUCGUCGCCCCGCAUGGCGUGUUUAUCGCUGACUCGGCUGAUUAUCGCUGACAGAUAGCUGGUCAACUCAACUAUCGCUCCUAUCGCCUCAGUACCCGUACGAUAAUGGCCAUGGCCAUGGCCUGUAUACCACUCAACGGCAUCCGCCUCGCCUCCCAGCUGGUGUGCGAGGAAGUGGCGGACAGGCUGACCGGCAACCCACUCCACACCUCUGACCCCUCCCUGCUGCCCACCACCGACGACACCCCCCCUCCCUACUUCAUCUACGGCAGCAGAAUCGACCCUUGGGGCGAGGAGGUGCCCCUGGCCGGCAUACCGCGGUCACGGCGGGGGACGCAUCAGCAUCACGGGAACCAUCGUGCGCCGCUCGGCCACCUGUAUGCGCGCGACAUCAGGGGGAGGGAAGGGGAGUACCUGAUUGACAUGGUGCUUCGGAAGUCGCGCGGUCGGCACACUGAGAGGGAGAGGGGGAGGAGGCGGCGGGACAAAGCCAUCAAGGAGCUCCUCAGAGACGCGGCAGAGCUCUUCGUGCACUGGUGAGACCAAGAGACAGACAGACAGACAGACAGGAAAGCGUGAAUCUCACUGAUGCCUUUCCCUGUAUGUUUUUUGUGCGUCAGGCCGUCAUUGUGGGAGUCGAUUGUGCACAAGCCGACAUUGGCCCUGCUGGACGUCUACAUGGCGACCCUCGCACACCCGGUCGCGCACGCACGCCGCCUGCGGCCCCCGAACAUAACGCGUGAGCGAGUCGAGGUGUUUGUCGAGACGAUCGUCGGUCUGUGGGAGGGCUUGCAUGCCGCCCUCCCCACUGCUUUGCUCAAGAUCGAGGAAGAGAUGAGCGACAUCCAUGGGACGAGGGGAGGUUUCAAGACGCUCGGGCAAAAGGUGAGAUGGGGGAGUGUCUGAUGCGUCUCACAUACCGACCGUUUGUGUUGCGCUGCGUUGCCUUGACAGGUGUUUGUGCUCUUCUUGCGUCAUUUGUUCAUCCCGUGUCGGGAGCACAUCCACGCGGCGCUGCUGUCCCUCCCCCCCUCCACCCUCCUCUCUCGCGGCACAUGCAUGUGGCUCCAUUUCGAGACCACGCAUCCGCCAGCGGGCCUCCCCCUCGCCCAACUCCCCAGGAGCCCCUCCGCCCUACAACUGGCCGCAAGGGCCCUCACCGUGUGUUCCGCGGAAGGCAGCACGGAGGCGGCGAGUUGCGGGCUGGCCCGGCUGGCGUUUGGGUGCCCCGGGCUGUUUGCUGAGAGCCUGCUGCUGCCUUUUCUCGAUCCGGCAGCCAUAGCGUGCCUACAUACGUGUGCGAGAGAGUUCAGGAUGGUCGCACUGGCUGUGAGCAGGGAGGGGACGGGAGGGGGAGGGGGGGUGUCACUGAUUAACUAGGGAGCUGGCAAUGGGGGGGUGGGCGUUGUCCUGUAUUGUGUAUUGCUUGUGUGUGUCCAUGGGGCCAAGGAGUGGGAUUUUUCUCGCUUUUCUAUUCUCACAUGCCAUCUCUCGGCUUGGCUGUCUGUCUGUCUGUCUGUCUCUGUGGUGGAUGGGUGCCGGGCGUCGCUGUCAGGGGACCGACCCACUCGUGUAGUGUGUAGUGUGUGUCAGCCAUUUGUGGAUCGAUUGAGUGAUUGACUGAGUGGGGCCACUCGCAUGAUAGCGACGGGCUGCUCGUUUAUACGUACGCACAGAUGCAUGGAUGGAGGGCAGAGAGGCAGACAGAGGAGACAGCACGGCCAAGGCGACGGAUGGACAGAUGAGCAUACACACCUUAUGCAAGACUGCAUACCUUCAGUACGGUCGUGUGUUUCAAGCGAAAAAGGGCGCUGCGUGUCGGAUGUGCGUGUGGUGUGCAUAUGGUGUGAUCGGAUUUUUACUACUGCUCUGUUGUGCUGUGUGAGUGGGCGUCCUCCUCACCUCCCGCUUUCUGUGAGGAGGCUGUACCAAAGACAGCUGGGACACACACUGACUACUCACUGACUGACUGGCUCAGCGACUGUUAUUUGUUUUCUGUAGAUAUGAUAUGAUAUGCGAUGCAUGCAUACAUACAGACAGACAUACAUACAUACAUACAUAGUGUGCGCGAACGGAUGCCCCCCGCCCCUGGACAGACAGACGGAGGCACCUGGAACAGGUCUGCAUCGGUCUGUCUCUCUGUCUUUCUGGCUCGCUGUGUCUCUCUGUCUCCCUUCCCCAUAUCUCUGUGUCUGCCGUUGUGCUGCCAAUGGCAUUCAUCCCACGGGCCCACCACUCCGGCUGCUUGAUUGGCGGUUGUGCGGUGUUGUGUGUACAGUAUUCUUGCUUGAAGCCUGAUAGUGACCGUGACGCUAGCGCUUGUUGAGUGGGGGGGCGGGUGGGCCAGUGGUGGGUGGGUGGGGUCGUUUCUGUCUGGCUGUCGAAUCGCAUCGAAUCCAACCCAACCGUGUCGCACGCACCGCACCCGUUCUCUCUCUUUCUGCCUGCGUCCCUCACGCAACACCGGACGGACACAUCCCUUAGCGCUCCUUGUCUGUGUGUACAGCAUCUCUCUGACUGGAUGAACGGAUGCAUGCAGUGGUCGCUCGUUUGCGUGACAGACAGACAGACAGACAGUCAGAUAGCGCGUCGGAAGCCAGCGCUAUCUUAUCGUUCUACCUGUCGUCCGUCUGUCGAAGAGAAUCGGAUCCGAUCGUGUCGGGGUCACUCCAUGGGUGCGUGCGUGCAUUAGGGACAGUUUGGUCCUUUGUUGUCGGCGGCCAGCCGCGAGAAAAAAGAGGCCUGCCUGGCUCGCCUGGCCUUGGGAUGAAUUGGCGGGGUGCAUAUGUGCAUUAUUGAUUGAGGUGCAGAAGGGAUGGACAGUCGCCAUGUGGUGUGUGUGCGUGCGUGCAAGUGGGUGGAUGGGUGGGUGUACAGUAUUGGUUGAUCGACUGAUGGCUUGACAAGUGAGUGGUAAGACAGUAGUGAAUUGU